GAGCUGCCGAUCUCGCUGCCUUCUCUCCUUGGCAGGCUGACAUCCGUCUGGAAAAGCUGCCCUUCCCUGCCAACAGAGAUCGGGAGCUGCCGAUCUCUCUGCCUUGAUUCCUUGGCAGGCUGCCUGUCCGUCUGGGAAAGCUGCUCGCACAGCCUGGGGCUGCGCUAGGAGAGAGAGCAACCCCUGGUCUCUCUGCCUUCUCCUCUACGCAGGCUGUCGUCCGUCUGAGAAAGCUGCCCUUCCCUAUCAACAGAGCCUGGGAGCUGCCGAUCUCUCUGCCUUCUCUCCUUUGCAGGCUGCUGUCCGUCAGGGAAAGCUGCCCUUCCCCGCCAACAGAGAUUGUGAGCUGCCGAUCUCUCUGCCUUCUCUCCUUUGCAGGCUGCCUGUCCGUCUGGGAAAGCUGCCUUCCCCCACCAAUAAGAGUGCUUGACAACAGCUGACCAGCCAGCCCAGGGCAUGUGAAUCCUUCCCUGGGGUGGGUGUGAAGGAAAUUGUCACGCAAGAAGUCUCGUGGAAGCCGGAGGGGGGUGAAAUCAGCUCGCCAUGCCGGUGGAGACCUUCCAAGCCAGCCGUGGCAUGGCCACAGUGACGGCCACGGCCCCCUUCACCUCCGCCAUGCCCUUCCGCAUCCUCAACAAGGGGCCUGAAUACUUUCGCCGGCCCCCGGCCAGCGUCUCCCGGAAGCUCAGCGCCGUGGAACGCCUGGAAGCGGACAAAGCCAAGUACGUCAAGAGCCAACAAGUGGCCACCACCAAACAGAACCCUGUCCGGCCGUUGGUGCUCAAGCAGCCCCUCUUCACCCCCGGGGUCAGGCGGGCAAUGUUCGCCCCCAACCGGAAGGUCCCUCAAGCGGGCCGGCGGGGAGAAGGCGGCGGCGCCAAAUCGUCCCUCAACUUGGAAAUCCUCAACAACCUGAUCAAUUUUUGCGACAGUCCCCUUGCCUUCCCCAAGCCAGAGCAGAGCCCUUCGGACAGUCCGUGGCUUCCCAAGGUCCACGGCCGGAAUCUGGACAGCCUGCCUUCCACCCCUAAGAACAAGGCCGCGACCGACAUCAGCAAACACUCUCAAAGUUCAGCAUCUUCCAAGCCGUCCAGCACCGUAGCCGUCCGCCGAGUGGACGUCCGGCCUUGCGGGGUGUCGAUGGCCAGAAGUCCCCCCGCUAUCCAACUGUCUCUGCUCCCUGUCCCGCCUGCGCCCCCCCAAAACCUGCCUGCCACCCCUCUCCGCUGCCCAAGCCCGAGGGGAGAGCCGCAGACCGAUAGCGCCAAACGGCAGACUUUGUUACACCGGUCCAAAUCAGACUUGAGCGACCGAUAUUCGCGGGCCACGGCCGACUUGGAACGCUUCUUCAACUACUGCGGCUUGGAUCCCGAAGACGUCGGGGAUAUGGAGAUGGAGAGGUUCACUCGAGCCAGCUCGGACAUUGUGUCCGUCAAGUUCCACAGCGUCAGCACCAGCAGCUCAGCCGGGACUCCGUCCCAGCGAAGCACCAUCACCGUGGAGGACAGGCAAGCGGAACGCAUGCCGUACGGCAUCUCCAUCGUCGAACGCAAUGCUCGGGUCAUUAAGUGGCUUUAUGGACUCCGGCAGGCAAAAGAGGCCCAGAAGAUAUCCAACGUAUAGCGGCAGCUGCUGUUGCGGGGGAAUGGGGGGUGGGAACUCCCCAACGGUGAGGGGACGAGUCCCUCAACCCUGUCCAAGGCUCUUCGUUUCAGUUUGCAACUUGAGAAAAAAAGAUUUGUCUCCGGGACGUGUGAGGGCCCACUUGGUUUUGCCC